GACAGGAAAGAGCUGUUUUGGAAGGAGGCGACCCGUCGUGCCGAAACAGGCACCACCUUCCUGCACGUGCCGUUGGAGAAGUACACGCUGGACGUGCGGAGGCACGUCCAGCAGGCGUGCGAGAAAUUGAAGCGGGAUGCAGAUGAUGCGGAUGAGCCCUGUGACGAGCCACCACAGGUGCUCGUGCUGCUGGACCUGCAGAGUUGUGGCUGUGUGAAGCAGUCAGUGUCAAAGGUGCUGGCAGCCACUUUGGCAAAUUUGGAUCCCGCAGCUGCUGUGGUGCUGUGGUCCAAUAUCCCAGCAAAGCGGCACAAACAGGCGAUUCGGCGGGGGGCGGCAGCCACGGACCCGAACACGGGCGAUGCUUCUUCCACGCAGGACCCGGGCGCUGCUUCUUCCAGCUGCGAGGAGCCGGAGGAGCAGGCGGAAAUGCCCGACAAUUUGCCGGACAUGAACAGCCAUGCCGUCAUCCGCUGGAACGCCGCGCAGAAGACACGGCAGCUCGUGGAGGACCGUCAGGUUCUUCGCGACUCAGUCUCGGAGAACUACACGUCCGAGCAGCAGGCAGCCUCCCUCUUCUUCUCCGACUUCGUCCUUGUCCACAAUGUCGCCGUGCAGGGCAGACUCACGACCGAGGGUACAAUCGUGCAGGGCGUGCUGCGGCCGGCGACCUUCUUGGCCGG